AUGACAUCUGAACAGGGAGAUGAUUAUGGCUGCUACACGGCAUUGGCACUGGCAUCUGCUGGGAUUUGUGGAUUUCUCGCAAUCCUUGCAGUAUUCUCAUAUCGCGUUCGAUUUUAUGUGAAACUUGUCUACUAUUCCUUAUGCAUAGUGUUAGGUGGAACUAUCGGAGCUAUCAUCAGCAUUCCAUUUGGAAGAACUACAAACAACCAUUUGUCAGUUUCGCCGUAA